CUGACUGACAUCCGCUUGUCCGCGACAGAGUAAACGCACGACCCCCGCUUUCUUUCUCUUCGCCCCUUUCCUCGUAACGACAAGACACGAACUUGGCACGACUUAGUUCUUUUUCUUCAACGCAUCUCUUCCCAGACUCUUCUCUCCAUACGCUCUACACGCCCCUGCAAGACGCCUGCCUUCACAUUUGUAUACCCGCUCCAAAUCGCUCGCCUGUCCCAAAGCGUCCGCUCUCUAACUCAAAAAAAUCUGCAGGUUUUCGCCUGCUUUCGCCACUGAUCAACCCAAUUCACAAUUGUUGCUGCACCGUUAUCGCUACCCACUCUCGCUCCUGCUCAGUUUAACCCGCCGUUGCCCUCAAAAUUUUCUGGUUGUAUCCCGUAUAGAUUGAAGAAUGGAUAGCUGGCGCGUAGCAGUGCUCGGGGACGGAGGCGUCGGUAAGACCGCCCUUGCCGUUCAGUUCACCCUCAAUUGUUUUGUGGAGACUUACGAUCCUACAAUUGAAGAUGCAUAUAGGAAGCAACUCGUAGUGGAUAAUCGAAUGUGCUUCGUCGAAGUCAUUGAUACCGCUGGUCAAGAGGAAUACGCGACUCUACGGGAUCAAUGGGUUCGGGAAGGACAAGGUUUCAUUCUCGUAUAUUCGAUCGCCUCGCGCUCAACAUUCGAGCGACUGGAAGUCUUCCGGCAAUUGAUGCUUCGUGUGAAGCGUAACAAGCCGAUCUUCGUGCUCGUCGGAAACAAAUGCGAUAAGACAUAUGAGCGUGAGGUGUCUAGGGAGGAAGGUGCCGCGCUGGCGCGCUCGUUCGGAUGCGACUUCCUCGAGACAUCGGCAAAGACGUCGCAUAACGUUGAACGUCUGUUCACUAACCUCGUUCGCGCAUUACGAGCCACCCGACAGGCAGAGCAAGGGCCUCCUCUGCCAAUACGGCAAGGGGAACGGGAGAAAAAGAGGCGUUGUAUUAUUAUGUAAGGAAAAUUCGUUGUGUUUCCUCUUCUGACCAUAUAGACGCAUCCAAGACCAUCCCUCCAUUCACCGAAUCAUUUCCCCCCUUCCGCCCUCUUUCCCCCGACUUUCCCCCCGUGUUCUUGAUGCCGAAGACUUGCUUCUUACAGUUUUACUUCAAUAUCUCUCAUCUGUACAUUGUUUCAUAUCUGUCUCACCCCCGUCGGCGUUGUUUUCACCCCUCCUACCUCCCCUCAAAGCAAAUGUCGCUGUGGUCUUCUUUGCCCUGCCUUUGUUUCCUGCGAUAUACAACAAAUUUGUCACGUCUCUGCCCGCUUUUUUUUUAGUCCUUGCAUGUCUUACUCUGACUUACAAAGAGUGGAAUUUUGGAGUUUUUCUUCUCAUUUCUUUACCUUCUAUCUGUCGUGUUCUUUCUUCCUUCCUUCCUCCUGACUUGGUCACAGUGAGCAAGCGUCCCCUUCCUCCUGCUCGCUCGCUAGCCGUCCGUUUGACGGGCGUACGCAUGAUGUUCUAUACGGACUUCCCUUUUUUCCCUUCCCUCCCCCCGUUUUCUCCUUUGCCUUUCCUGCGUUUUCUUUAUGUCCAAAUUGCAUUGUUUUCUCUUUUCUCCUUUAUCUCUUCCUUUUCUUUUCUUUUUCUAUUUUCAUGGUUUUAUCACGAGUGAUAU